CCAGUCAUCUCUCUCUCUUCUUCUUCUUCUUCAUAUAAAUCCACUCAAACGCUUCAAAACUCCCAUUGCUCGUCUCUCAGAACCAUAACCCCCAAAUUCUCGAGCAAUACCAAAUCACCCAAACCAACCCUUUAUAUGUUUUGCUGAAUCAGUUUUCCAUGGCGAAUACGAAUACCCAAACCAAGAGAGAUCUGGAUCGCAUCAAAGGUCCAUGGAGUCCUGAAGAAGACGAACUGUUACAGAAACUAGUUCAACGACACGGCCCGAGGAACUGGUCCUUGAUCAGCAAAUCCAUACCCGGUAGAUCCGGAAAGUCAUGCCGGUUACGAUGGUGUAACCAGCUAUCUCCUCAAGUGGAGCACCGUGCGUUUACUGCCGAAGAAGACCAGACCAUUUUCAAAGCUCACGCCAGGUUCGGUAACAAGUGGGCCACCAUAGCCCGGCUUUUAUCGGGUCGGACCGAUAACGCCAUAAAGAACCACUGGAACUCUACACUAAAGAGAAAGUGCUCGUCGAUGAGCGGUGAAGAAGGUAAGGAGUUUUCAAAUGAACAGCCUUUGAAGAGAUCGGUAAGUGCCGGGUCGGCUAUGCCGGUUUCGGGGCUGUACUUUAGUCCGGGUAGUCCUUCUGGAUCCGAUGUCAGUGAAUCGAGUCUUCCUGUGAUGUCUCCUUCUCACGUUUAUAAGCCGGUGGCGAGAACCGGCGGUGUUUUGCCGGUGAAGAACGAUCCUCCUACUUCACUUUGUCUAUCACUUCCUGGUAUGGAUUCGACUGAGGCCUCGAACUCGAAUCGAGUGACUGAAUCAACUGAACCGGCCAAUCCGAUUCAGUUGUUUCCGUCCGCCAUGCUGCCAACUCCACCUCCACCGCCGCCGAUGGGUAUGGUGGUGACACCGAUUCAACAAAGUCAUCCGACAAAUCAACGAAAUCAACUCGUUGGCUUUGGAUCGUCUGUAUCCCAACCGGUGGUGGGACUGCCGAUACAACAGUUCAGUUUGAAUCAGCAGCAAAGGGACUUGGGAUCAUCGGCGCCAUUGGCGAUGCCGAUGCAACAGUUCAGUUUGAAUCAACAGCAAAGAGACUUGGGAUCAUCGGCGCCGUUGGCGAAGGCGAUGCAGCACCUGUCGGUGAAAAAGGGAAACGAAUGCGGUGGAGGAGCUUCUUCGCUUUCAAUGCCACCGGCAACGGUGGCGGUAGGACAGCCAGAGGCGUUUGUGCCGUUCAGUGCGGAGUUGUUGGCGGUGAUGCAGGAGAUGAUUAGGAAAGAGGUUAGGAACUAUAUGCAAGGGAUUGGACAACAACAAAAGCAGCAAAGUGGAAUUGGGAUGUGUAUACAACAAGCCAACGCAGAUGUAUUCAGGAAUGUGGCGAUGAAGUGCAUCGGCAUCAGCAAGAUCGAUUAGGGAAAUUAGCUUGGGGUUAGAAAGGAACGAUCUUUAUUCCUUUUUCUCUCCAUUUUAGGUGUCCUCUGGUUCGGAAUCAACUUGCCUGGAAAAAUAAUUUUGGUCAAUGUACAGUGAGAAGGAAAAUGAGAGGGAGAUUGAAAGAAACCGGAGACAAAAAAAUAUGGUCCGAACUUUCGACUUUUUCAAGCAGAUUUAGGAACAAAAACCAUGCAACAAAAAAUGACUAAGACUGUAAAAAAAAAAAACCCUUUGAAUUUCAAUCCAACUUAAAAACAUUUGUCUGUCCUUUUUUCCCUCUUUAUUUUUGGUCUGUGGUUGUUAAAUUAUCCGUGGGACUUUUGGUUUAUAUAGAAUUAUUUUGAAUUUGAAAAUUGACAAUUUCAUUGUCUUCUAACGGUUAUGGAG